CCUCUAAUUUCUUCCUCUUCUUCAAUAACAAGCGACACUUUUUCUAGGGUUUAUAUUAGAAGCUUUCAGAGCGCCGGAAAAGCAGUAAAGCAUAAGAAAAUGGGGCACUCUAACAUCUGGAACGCUCACCCUAAGAGCUAUGGUCCUGGAUCUCGCGCUUGCCGAGUUUGCGGAAACCCACACGCAAUCAUCCGCAAGUAUGGUUUGAUGUGCUGCAGGCAGUGCUUCCGUAGCAAUGCUAAGGAAAUCGGUUUCAUCAAGUAUCGUUAAGUGUAGCAUGGGAAUUGCAGAAGCUGCUUGAAGUUUUCUUAGACUAGGCAAUGAAUUUAUUUUCUAUGUUGUGACCUUAAAAGGUCUGGACUACCAAACCUGUUCUGUUUUGAAAUACCAUACAUUGCUGAAUGUAGUAGAUUUGGAUUUUCAGAUGAUAUAAUCCUAUUUGUGCUUCAA